CAAGUGAAAAUAACAAUGUCUUCUGAAUCAUUGGACUUGGAGAUGAGCUUCAACUCUGAAAUGAAUUUUAUUACUGAAUACAAACUUCAAGACAAAGGGCAGUCAUCUCGUGUCUCACCAUUAUCGCAAGAAACCUUGAGUGAUUCAAGCGAUGACAACACUGCUUAUACUGACGAGCCACUGGCUGAUACAGAAUGGAUAAAAAAAUACCAAGAAGAAAUGAAGGCUAACGAAGCGCUCGAACGAAGCCUUAAGGACCCAUUACAGGGCAAUGUAGAACUGACGGAAUGGCGAGAUUUGCGGGUUAGCUUUAGUUAUGCAUUACGUGUGUUGGCACAAUUGCUUCUGGCGCUAUUGUUUAUGUAUUUCUUAGAUGACUUUUCUGCUAACAUAAAUUUGCUGAACUUUAGGUACAAGUGUGGAAAUUGCAACGUCGCUUUGUUAAAAAACAUCAGUGAAUGUUAUUGCUGUUGUGAACUGGAAGGCUGCGAAGAAUCGAUGAAAAGUGACCUUGUCAUACAAUAUCUUGCCCCUGAUGUUAACCUGACCUGUAUCACUGAACAUCCAGGACUUUAUCCCCUUUGUCUUCAGAAGUGGAGUUUGAGAUUAGCAGCAGACAAGGUCAAAACCAAAGGCAAGGAAAGGUAUCGGCAGACGGGAAGCGAAGGUAAAGGUAAUUCCAAAGCUGUCUUGCUCUAAAUACAGAAUUGAUAGAGCUUCUUGG